AUGCUCCCAGUCGAACUGCUCCUCCAGAUCUUCGAACAACUCCACGAUGACCGGCCAACACUGCUGAAUCUUCUCCUCGUCUCGCAUCAUUUCUCCCAGUUGUCCGAGUCGAUUUUGUACGCCGACGUCACCUUGAAGCCCGCCCGCCUCUCCAGCUAUUCUGGAUCAAGACGUACAAUACUCGCUUGCUUUGCGGAGUCGCUCAGCGGCCCGCCGUCUUCUGAGUCUCUGAGGCCUCACCGGACCCGCCGGCGCUCUGCGGUCAAGCGCCUCUUCAUCGAUGGCUCCGACAUCCCAUGCAUUCCGCACACCGAAUACGCACAGCUCGACCUCAUCCUGACCAAGCUACCCCAUCUCCAGUCAUUCCACUUCACCCAUCUCGGGAGCGCCGUCAGGUGGUCGCCUUUCGCGUCCUCCAGAAUCACUGUUGCCCCGCCUUUCCAGCUGACGCGUCUCAUCUUCAACGGCGCCAUGCACCCUUCGCACGCCUCGAAGAUGGUACACGGCUUCCUUGCAUCGCAAACCAAGCUCGAACACCUGGAAAUCGGGAGCGUCAUUGAGGAAGCCCUCGGGAGCACCGAUAGUGAUAGUGAUGGUGCCGUCGCCGCGGUCCACCCGACGCUAGUAGCCUCUUCUUCCCUGCGUAUCUUGGAGACGUCGGCGCUCGAUUUCUUCCUUGAUGCCGGGAAGACCCCCAACCUCACCCACCUCAAGCUCUCCUCGAGCACCGCUUUACGCCUGGACACACUCACACUCAUCGACUCCCCACCCCCAGGUCCCCUCUCAAACCUCCGCGUCCUCUCGACAUCGCGGACGCCGCAUCUCUCUUCAACGGCAUCUGCAGGCUCCCCUUCCGCUAUGGCCACUACCCCCCUCCCGAAUUUAGAGUACUGGGAGCUCCGCUCAGAAUGGGUCGACCUCGGUGCCUUCCUCCAAGAUCCUUGCGUUCGUCGGUUCCUUGUGUCCCUCCCUCGACUCAGAGGGAUUCGGUUUUCCGCGGACGUAGCAGUGCAUUCGAGGGAGGGUGUUGCACAGACGUUCGAGAGUGUAUUGGGGCUAGAGUUUAUUGAGGUGAGGGUGAGGAGGAAGGGAGGGUUGUUCGAACGGUAUUACCGGGGCGAAGAGAAGCCCAGAUUAGUGCAACGGCGAUGUGAAGAAGAAAUCGAGUGGUGCCAGACAUGGGAACACGAUGCCUCCGCAUCAUAG